AACCAUAAAAAGAAGGGGAAAAAAUGGCUUCUUUGCAAAGCCAAAAUCUCUUCCUAAAGCCAGUUGUGAUCAAAAGCACUAGGGCUAAUCUUAAUUUCCCCAGUAAUAUUCCAAAAGCAGGUCAUGUAUCAAUUCCUAACACUGCUACAAUUGCACAAAAAAUGAGCAGUAACGUAGUGGAUGGCUCCGGCGCCUACGUCCGUCACCUCUACGCCGCCGCCGAGGCGGCCGCCGACCGCGCGGAGAUGCAUGCAAUCAUCGGCCAGCAGCGCGACAACUGGAACCACCUCCUCCUCAGCUCCAUCAACUCCAUGAACCUCUCGGCGGUGGUCAUGGCCGGUGUCUGCGCCGCACGGCCUGAGCAGUUCUUGGCGUUCAAGGUCUCCGCCGCGCUUCUGUACGCCGCCGCCGCUGCGAUGAUGGCGGCCGUCAACACGGUCCAGCCGUCGCAGCUGGCGGAGGAGCAGCGGAGCGCCGUGCGGCUGUUCCGCCAGCUCGAGAGGUCGGUUUAUACGGAGUUGGCCGUCGGUGAUCCGCCGGAGGAGGACGACGUGAAGGAGGCGAUCGCGAGAGUUUUAGCCCUCGACAGGGCGUAUCCACUCUCGCUGAUGCCCGGAAUGCUCGACAAGUUCCCGAAAAAGGUCGAGCCGACGACAUGGUGGCCGCGCAUCAACCGCCGCCGUGAAAAGCAACUUGAAACUGCGACCGGAGAAGCUGCAGGCGCCAACGGGUGGAGCAAAGAGCUCGAAGAAGAGAUGAAGGGAGUGCUCCAAGUGCUCAGGAAAAAAGACGAAGAGCAAUACAUUACGGUCGGAAAAUUGGCGUUAGGCGUGAGCCGAGCACUUGCGGCCCUCGGGCCGUGGCCGGGGCUUGUCGCGGCGGUCGGGGGCGCGCUCGCGGCGGUGACGAACGCCGCAGAGCACGGGGGGCAGGUGGGGAUGCUGUUCGAGCUGUUCCGCAACCUGGCGGGGUACUACCGGCAGCUGGAAGAGGCGAUCGAGGCGAACCUGGCAGAGCGGGACGCUGCGCGGAGGGACAACGGGGAGCUGUUCGAGACGCAGAUGGCGCUGCGGCUCGGACGGAGCCCCACGGAGCUCAAGGAGUUCGCGGCGCAUGUGAGGACGGCCAAAGAGACAUCUUCGUCAUCAUUGUUGUCGUCGUCAUCGCCACCGCCGCCGCGGGGGGAAGAGGAGGAAGGAAAUGGUGGUGGUGAAGAGUUUGCCGGGAAGCUAUUCUAGCUGAAGAAGAAAACUAUGUCUAUGCUGCAAUCGUAACAUCGCAUAUAAAAAAUGUUGGAAUCAGAGAACAGCAAAAACUUAUCAAUUAAAUAAUCAAUGUAUUCAAAAAUUAAAAUCGGAUCAAAAUAUUUGUGCACGUAGAAGUGUAAAAUACUAAAAUGUG